ACCAGAGAAAAAGAUAUCCUUUGACUGAUUUCUGGUCGGUACCAAGUGCAGGAGGAUAUUUCACGAAACCAUAAAUUUUCCUCUUCAGCUACCUCAACAACGGCAAGCGCGGACCUUCACCAUGGACGAGGAUAUUUCCAACUUCGUCGCCAUCACGGCAGCCAGUCCGGAGGCCGCUCGCGGCUUCCUGGAGAUGACCAACAACAACCUCGAGCAGGCCAUUCAGCUUUUCUUUGAGAACCCAGACAUUCAGAGCAGCUUCAACCAGCCAGCUGCCACCUCUUCGACAGCCCCCCCAGUGCCCUCGAACACCCGACCGAACAUUGGACGGCAGGACGAGCGCGGGGUCAUUCACAUAGAUAGUGAUGACGAUGGCGAUACUGCCAUGACGGUGGACGAUAUGGACGACAACUUUGGACACGACGACUCUGAUAUUGCGGCAAACGAACAGGUGGCGGCCAUUGCCCGAAGUGCCCAAGAGGAAGAGGACGCCGCCAUGGCUAAGAGAUUACAAGAGGAACUCUACGGUGGCGGACCUGGAGGAGGUGGUGGUGGUGGCGGCGCUGGAAUCGGCGGUCAGGAUGAUGUGAGAUCACCUAUCGCCAGAACCACCGAGACUCUGGUCGGAGGCUACGAUGGUGACGAUGGUAUGGACAUGGAUACCAUCAUCCGGGCACAAAUGCGACAGAGAGAUGCCGCCAGAGCAGCUCGAGCUGGUGGUGGAAACCCCUUUGCUCAUAACCUGUCUAUUUGGGAUGAUGACAGCCCAGCUGCAGCCCAGCCCGCGCAACCCGCUGCGACGGAAGGUGGCACGCGAGCCCAGAGAUUGGCAGAGCUUUUCCGGCCGCCCUACGACAUCAUGUCCAGAUUGGAGUGGGACGAGGCGAGGCAGGAGGGCAAGGACGAAAAGAAGUGGAUCCUCGUUAACCUCCAGGAUAUGAGCGACUUCAACUGCCAAGCCUUGAAUCGGGAUAUCUGGAAGGAUGCGGCUAUUCGACGACUGUUGGAUGAUGCCUUCAUCUUCCUGCAGUACGACAAGGACGCCAUGGCGGCACAGCAGUACAUCAACUUCUACUUCCACGGCACUGGUCACGAGAACCCAGACAACUACCCGCACGUUGCCAUUAUCGAUCCGAGGACAGGAGAGCAGGUCAAGGUAUGGAGUGGAAGACCAUUCCCCAGCGCAUCAGACUUCCACGCGCAGCUGGCCGAAUUCCUGGACCGCUACAGUUUGGCGGCGAACAGCAAGAACCCUGUGGUGGACCAAGCGGCACCCCGCCCCAAGACCGUUGAUGUUGAUCGAAUGACGGAGGAUGAAAUGCUGGAGAUGGCAUUGCAGAACAGUCUUGCAGCGUCCAACGGCGGCGCCAGCAGCUCCAAGCCCAAGACUGGCGUUUUCGACCCCGAUGCGCUAACCAAGUCAGACUCAUCCAGCGGUCAAGGCAAGGGCCAAUCCCCGGCCGAGGAGGCAGCAGGCGGCAUAACCCCUCCUGCUGAGCCGGCAGUGGCGCAGAGUAUCUGGGCCUCGAUUGCGACCAACAAGCCGCACAAGGAACCGGAGAACAACCCAGCAACGACGACGCGGAUACAGUUCCGACACCCCCAUGGACGUGUUAUCCGUCGAUUCAACCUGGAUGACCCCGUCAGGCGCAUCUACGAGUGGCUCAAGCAUGAUCCCAUCGAGAACAAGGAUUUCAUCGAGGUCGAGCUGAAGCGCAUGCCGCAGGGCCAGGACUUGAGUAAUGAACUGGAGACCACCAUCAAGGACGCCGGACUCAAGAACGGGACUGUUAUGAUUGAAUUCAUUGAGGACUAGAGCUGGCGUGCGGUCUACUCGGCGACUGAUGAUUCGAGCAAAGUCGGUUAGGGAACAAAGUGCAUUUUUCAGCAGGGCCUGGGCAUGGCCGAUAGAAUUGGAACGGGGCAGGCGGAAGGAAGCCUUGUUUCAAUGUUUUUCGUUUGGGCUCUUCUCAUACAUACCACGAUA